CGUGUUUGCUAGCAAUAUUGAAGUAUAUAGAUGUAUGUGUUGCAAUUCAAAAGGAUUCAAGGAAAUAAAUGUAAUUAUAUACAAUAACAAAUGUGUCCAGAUUAAACAUGUAUUUUGAUGUCUUUAUUUUCAGUAGUCUAUUUGCAUUAUGUUCAUCAAGUUGUGGCACUUGCAAAAACAGUAAGACCAAUGAAAGUUCCUGUUGCACGGAUUAUUACGACUACUUUGGAUCAUGCUUACCUUGCAUGGGUUCGUAUGGACCAAACUGUUCCUCUAUAUGUCCUAAUGGCUACUUUGGUCAUGGAUGUCGUCACAAAUGCUCUUGCGCUAGCACUCAAUGGUGUGAUGCUGUAAUUGGCUGUUCCAAUAAGAUCAACGAGCCUCUCAAAAACUAUGUUCACAUGGAGUAUGUUUACAACGCCUUAUCAAGAGUUUAUGGAAUCAAUUCAUGUUUUAAUAGCCAAUCUAAGAAACUGGAGUGUUGUAAAGGGUUUGCGAACAUGAAAGGGAUGUGUGAAGGUAAGGAAAAUAUCAAGAAUGAGAAUGCAAUAUAUUUGACCUUAUAUUACUUUCAAUGAUCCCUUACAUAAAGGUCUUUUCUUCUUAAUUGUGCAAAGUGAUAAAAGUUUUUGAAAUAAAUGAUGUCAUGCUAUUUCUUUAAACUUAUAAACACUACAUUUUUAAAUUUGCAAAAGCGAUGCUUAACACUUACACUUUUAAUUAUGUUUUAAACCCACAUGCAUACAUACAAAACACAAAAAUAUGUACUUUUUGCGUCUUGAUAUAAUAACGAUUCAAACAAGAACAAAAAUUAAGAACAUUAUCGAAUACCAGUCGUGUAUUUAAUAAGAGAGGUGGAACAA